AUGUCGGUGCCCACGACGCAGCCUCCGCCACAGGGCCGCAACGUCGAUGCUCAACAAGAAACGUCGCUGUCUGGCUCUGGGUCCGAGAAGGCCGUGAUCGACGAGAAGGGCGACCAUAGCUCCCCUUCCAACCACAAUGGUAAUGGCACUGUUGUUCCCGGCGCCAAGCGAGAGCUCACCGCACAGGAAUGCGAGAGCGAGCUUGCCUUUGCUUACCCGGAGAGCAAAAAGUGGUGGAUCCUGACCGUCAUCUUCCUGGUCCAGACAUCCAUGAACUUCAACACAUCUCUCUACUCCAACGGCCUUGGGGGCAUCUCUGAGGAGUUCGGGGUCAGCGAGCAGGUCGCCCGUCUCGGUGCCGCCCUCUUCCUCAUCCUAUACGCCUUUGGCUGUGAGCUUUGGGCCCCUUGGUCUGAGGAGUUCGGCCGCAAACCCAUAAUGCAGGCUUCCCUCUUCCUUGUCAACAUUUGGACACUCCCCGUCGCACUCGCCCCCAAUUUCGCCAGUCUCAUUGUCGGCCGCUGUCUCGGCGGUCUGUCAUCGGCCGGCGGCAGUGUGACCCUUGGCAUGAUUGCCGACAUGUUCGAUUCGGACCACCAGCAAUAUGCGGUCGCUUACAUCGUCUUCUCUUCGGUCGGUGGUUCCAUCCUUGGCCCCAUUGUUGGUGGCUUUGUACAGCAAUUCCUGCCUUGGCGGUGGUGCAUCUGGAUCCAGCUCAUCUUUGGCGGCUUCGUCCAGAUCUUGCACCUGAUCACUGUCCCCGAGACGCGCACGACUAUCAUGAUUGACCACAUCGCCAAGAAGCGCAGGAAGAAUGGCGAAGACGUCUGGGGCCCCAACGAGAUCGAGUCCUUCCGCGACCGCUUCACCUGGAAUGAGCUUAUGCACACAUGGACUCGCCCUUUCUCAAUGUUCCUCACCGAGCCCAUCGUCCUGGUCUUGUCUCUCCUGUCCGGCUUUGCAGAUGCCCUCAUUUUCAUGCAGAUCCAGUCCUUCAGUCUCGUAUACACACAGUGGGGUUUCAAUGACUACGAUAUCGGCCUGGCCUUCAUUCCCAUCGGAAUCGGCUAUGUCGUUGCCUGGCUGUCUUUCAUCCCUGCCAUCAAGCGCAACACGCACCAGCGGAGAUCGCGGCCCGAUGAUGAGCAUGCACAGUACGAGUCCCGCCUGUGGUGGCUUCUCUUCCUGGCGCCCUGCCUCCCUCUUGGUCUUUUCAUCUUCGCAUUCACCUGCAAUGGCCCCCCUAUCCACUGGGUCGGUUCCAUGGUUGCGAGUGGCAUCAUAGGCAUCGCAAACUAUGCCAUCUACAUGGCCACCAUUGACUACAUGAUCUGCGCCUAUGGUCCGUACUCGGCAUCCGCCACCGGUGGCAAUGGUUGGGCACGCGACUUUCUCGCUGGUGUGCUCACCUGCGCUGCCACUCCUUUUUACGAAAACAUCCCAGGACAAAACGGAAAGCCGUUGUUCAAUGCUUCGAUUAUCCUCUUCUGUAUUUCGUUCCUGCUUGUCAUCGCAGUAUACGUUAUUUACUGGAAGGGCCCGGUUUUGCGCAAGCGAUCUCCAUUUGCCGAGAGCCUCGCCAAGGGUGUCGAUACUGAGCGUCAGCGUCGGCCAUCGACAGCAGGAGGCGCCCAGCCAGAAAAGCCGGUUGGACAGGGGGCUAUGACACCAGGAGGCACCCAUCGUGCCCAGCGGCCACACUUCGGCGCUGGUUCGCGCACCAGCUCCUACACCGCCGCCAAGGACGCCGCUUCGCGCAAUCAGUCACGACACGCGUCCAGAGCGGCUUCAAGAGCACAUAGCUUCGAGGAGGAGAGGGAUGGUGAAAACAACCCUUACGCUUCGCCACCUUCUGGCAAGCGCACUCCUGGCAGCCGUACCCCUGGGACACGCACACCACGAACAGCUGGCGCGUCUGCGGAGCAUGUUCACCCACACCAACUUCACAGCAGGCUGGCCCCUCUGGCCAAGAUCGAGUCCGAGCAACCGUAG